AUCCACGCACCUUCUAGACUUCAUCCCACUGAUGUUGGUGGAGAUGUGGGUGAUCACUUGCAACAGUGGACAAAGUAGAAGUCCUGAAGAAAUGGAUUUGAGGCUUAAUGGUACAGGCUGCAGAUGUUCUGGGUGGCUGGAGGUGCUUCAUGCAGCCACAUGGAAGAGGAUUGACAGCAGAAACUUUACACAGCAGAAUGCAGAGCUUGCCUGUGAACAACUUGGUUGCCACUUCCCCUUCGGGAUCUUGCAACCAUAUGUUGAAGAAUCGGAGAAGCACGAGACUUGCUUGAUGAACUGCCAAGGAAACGAGACAGUUCUCAAGGACUGCAUAGCCUGUGAUUCCCAUGAUUUCACCUCUCUGGCUGUGUUCCUAGUUUGUCAAGCUCCUGUGCAAACCACUCCGAUAUUCCUGCCUACAACAGCACCCCUGGUGACCUCCUCAAAACCCUUUGAUCACCCAAGGACAAGCAUUGAAGAUGGAACCUCCUUGUGUUCACGGAUUUUGGAGCCAGAUGUUAAAGGCUACAAGAAAAUGCUUUGCCUGAGUUUACAAAGAUGGUGGAAUAAGUUGGGACCCAGGGUCUGCCAGGGAGUAAACUGUGAAAAUCCAGGACACAAGGAUCAGAACAGGGAAGGGUCACUGCACCACUGGGAGAAGCUGCAGUGUGAAAAAAGGAAUCUUAGUGUGGGUGACUGCUCAGGAAGCACACAAGAGUGCUUAAGUCUAACGCUGGUUAGAUGCUCAGAUCAAGAUUUGAAGUCCCAGAAAUCCAGUUCAGAGACUGUCUUAGGAAUCCUGCUUGGUCUUGUUCUUAUUGCUGUUCUUUUGAGUAUCUGUGUUCUUUCCACCUACAAAAAAAUUAUGAAAAAAUAUUCCAAGAAGAGGCAGCAACAAUGGAUUGGCCCAAGUGGGGUAAACCAAAAUGUUUCAUUCCAUCGCAAGAACUCUACUGCCUUCCAGACCCAUCUUGAAAGCCCAGUUGUUCAGGAAGAGGGGAACAAAGCCUUCCAGAAAACCUAUCUCUCACCCUAUGCAGCUCUGGAAGGGGCAACCAAUAGAUCUCCCAGCCCUUUGGAUAACUCCUCUGACAGCGAUUAUGACUUAUGUUCCGCGCAGCAGCUGUAAACUCUGUGAAGUAUGGAUGACACUCCUUCCUGUUCACCUGCAGUAUGGUGGUUAAGGUGGCAUUGAAGUGACCCUUACUCCAUCCUCAGCUCACUG